ACUGUCCCUGGAAAAGCAAACUGCACUAAGAAUAGAGCAACGAUCAACGAGCACCCUGCACAGCUAAACUAGUGUGUCUGAAUAAUGGAUCCCCACAGCGCCAAAAACCAGCUGAACUCCAGCCUCGACUCUGACCAGAAAGGAGCAGAUGUGUCCGGAAACAACCAAACUCCUGGAAAUGUGGACAAAACAACAACUGACAGCAGAAACCCACAACAAGCAAACAGGCAGCCACAGUACUUGGGAGGAUUCACCUUAAUCCCACCGAAUGAAGCUCGACGAACUGAGCUGACAACAAUUGCUAAAAAAGGAGAAGAGAAUUUGCAGAGAUGGAAGGAGGCAAACAGACCGUCUGCUGUGCAUCUGAAUCCAGAGAGGCUCGGUGGUCAUGUGACUGAAUCUGAAGCCAGAGUGAAGCAGCUGACGGAUCAUCGUAACUCCAAACUGCAGAAGAAGCUGAAACAGAUGGACUUGGACAAGAAGAAGAGACAAGAAGAAGAUGAAAAGUUGCAGAAGAUGAAGGACCAACAGAGGGAGAAGGCCGAGCGUCAGGAGCAGCGACGGCAGCAGGAGGAGCAGCAGAGGAGUGAGCAGCUCCGGCAGGAUCGCCUCAGGUCGACGGAGGCUUUUCUUCAGAGGUUUCAGCGGGGAGCUGCAGCAGCGUCCAGCAGCGCCACACAUACGUCAUCCAGGGGCGAGGACGUGGAGAGCAAACAAAGAGAGAAGGAGUUGAAAAGAAGUGAAAGAGAAGUGCAGCUGGAACACCAGAGGGUGAACUCGGAUUUUUUGGACAAACUCCAGGGUCGAGGCAAAGGGAGCGAGACGAAAAAGGAAGCAGAGCGUCCAUAUGUGGCCGAGGAGGACUUUAAACAAGAGACGACAACUGGACACUUCAGUCACCUGAAAGUAGGACAGAGCUGCUCGGCCUGGACUGAAGAAGCUGCCCUGGAGCCUGACUACGACUGGGCUUUGAUGAAGCUGAAGAACAGAUUUCCACAGUGCAGCGUAGGCUUCCUCGAGGACAUCCUUCACCAGUGCAACGGCGAUUACGAGGAGGCCUCAACACUACUCAUCUGCUCGCUCAGUUGAAUUUUAUGUAGCUUUAAUGGAGAAACGGCUGCCUUGAUAUUUGGUUUGACUUUUUACGAGAUGUGGCAAAUGAAAACACACAGUGAGAUCUGGGAAUAUUUGAAUAGUGACACAAUUUUCCUUUUUGUGGCUCUGUGCACCACCACAAUAGACAGAAGUGCAGACUUUAAUUGAAUGGGUUGAACAAAAAUCAAUCACGCGAAACAUUUAGGACAUUUUUCAUCGGAAUCCCCUAUUUUCAGGGGAUUAGAUGGAGCUGGGUAAUAAAUAAAAUCCUCAUUCUUGAAUAUUUGUCGAAAAUCCUUCGCAGACGAUGACUGUCUGAAGUCUGGACCGUCACCAAAGAUUGGGUUUCCCCUUUGUGAAGCUUUGCCAGGCCUUUACUGCAGCUGUUUUCAGUUUUCAGAGGGUGUUUCUACCUUUAGUUUUGUCUUUAAAAGCAAAAUGCAUGGAUGCAUCCAGUUGCAAUCAGGCAAUUAACCCACUCACUGCAGAAAUAUUCCACUUCUUUACCCUCAAAAACUCCUGGGCUGGUCUUGCAGUAUGUUUUUGGGUCAUCUGUACUGCAAAGUCUUGUGUCUCCAUUUAUUCUUGACUAACCACCAUCCAAACAUUAGCCACGGCGAGGCGACUUCACUAGUCCGAGGUUAAAGCUAAAAUAUCCAAAAAUAUGUCAAACCUUCAGCCUUGGCAGUGCCGCUGUGGGCACAGUUCUGCAUGUCAUAAUGCCGCAACUUCCUCAAUGCAUGACAAACUCUGGCCUGGAUUUCACCAACAUCGUGAUGAUGUGUUUCUGUUCUGCUAUACAUAAAGAGAUGUACUGGAUCUGAACAGUUUAUCCUUUCACACUUCACAGGCCGAGCACCCCUAUGCCAAUUAAAUCACACUGCCUUGACAGAGUUUUCCUGCUAAACAUUUUUCUUCCUGCCAUUCUGGUGCAGGUUGAACUUAGGUUCAUCUGUCCAGAGAAUCUUGUUUCAGAACUGCUCUGGUCUUUUAAAAUGGUUUUUGGGCAAGUUUAGUGAAUCUUUUCUAUUUUUAAAGCUUAUAUGUGGCUUGCACCUUGCAGUGAACCCUCUGUAUUAGCUUUUGUGAAGUUUUCUCCUUUUGGUGAGCUUAAAUAACAGCAUUACUACCUCUUGGAGAGCGUUCUUCGCUUGGUUGGAUGUUUAAAUGAGGUUAGUCUCCAUAACUAAUAAUGCUGUAGGAGUGCUAGCCUUAAAAUUCAUUUUGUCAGGUAAUGUAUUUUGUAUAAUUUUGAUAGAGUUUUAAUUCCUAAUAUUGACAUUACUCAAGGAAAAUGUAAACAACACGUAGAGUCUUAACCUCAGUAUCUGAUCCUGUUUGGUUAAUUCGUAACGCCAGAUUUAUGUCUAAUGUUCCUCCUAGUGAGCUGUCAUAGCUACACCCUUUCUCCAGUUCGGAUACCCUCAAAUUAAAGUUGACCAUCUGCACUUUAAAGCCAUAUUUGUUGUAUAUCUGUGACUGCAAAUGUAUUUUUAAAUGGCAAAAAGUGUCUGAAUAUAUAUGGACGUAGCUGUACAAUUAGAUGAAAGAGCAGGAAGAAGCUCGUUCUACGUUGGUGGUGGAUGAGCGUAAACAACAGUAACGCAGGGCUGCACUGAACAGAUACCUACAGAGCAGUACGUGCUUCUCUGUUUUUGAUCUGUUUUCGAUUACGCUAUUAAUCACGGACUGUUUGGUGUCUUGUAUCUGUCUGCAUGCACUGGUGACUCAUGUCGGGUUUCUGCCCUGACACGGAGCUGAAUUGAUGUUCGUUUUCACCAGUUUGGUUGAAGGUCAUCGUCGUGACUCAUAAUCUUUAGAUCAUAUUUAGGGCUCCUAAUUAAAACAGUGUGUGCAGUUGGGGGGAAUAAAGCUCUACCAGAUACACAACGUUUUUUUCUUUGUUUUAUAAUCAAAGCCGCGUGUGAUGCAUCUACAGCAGGAUGACAAAAGACGUAAAUCCAGUCGGGACUCUCUGCAGAAAGGCCUCCUAUGGUUGGUUUCAGUUUAAAGUCAUGGCAGCUAAAGAGGGCGACAACAACACGGCUGUUUGUUUAUUCAGGUUUGUGUGUCGUAGUUACAUCAGUUUCAGGUGUUCAGUGGCCUCAUACCUGACCAAGGAAACAAAGAACAAACAGUAGUGCAACACAAACAGCUGAAAAUCCCCUUCUACUUUGGAGUGAAGCGUUUUAAGCCUUCGUGUCCUUCAUCUAGAGAUGGAAAAAAAAAAAAACAAAUGUCUCUUACAGUUAUCUACUUGUUACGUUAAAGGUCGAAAUGUGUUUGGACUAUUUUAAUUUCCUGGAACUAUCUACAGUGAGUGCCAGGAAAACAAAUUCCAUCCUUUGUAAAGUAAAUAUUAAUUCAAAUUUAACCUGCUGUGAUCUGACCUAAAGACUCUCACAGUUACCAAUGGGAACGCUUCUUCCAGGAAACCUAUUGGGAUUUUAUCAGAAAAAUAUUAACACAAGGAAUUACCAAAGUCUUUACUUUCUCAAGGGCCUUGAAUGAAGCUAAUAAUGAAGUAUGAGUCCAGUCAAUUUAAAACAACAGCUGUUGCUCCAAAGUGCUUUUCUGUAUAAAAGAAGCUAAUUGGCGUUACGAAUUAACCUAAAACGUUUGUGUUAUUUAUGGUGUGAUUGGGAUUAUGAAUGGCGAGUAUGAAUGGUUUAAAAAUAUUAGAUAGUGAUUGGUUUAAUUUAGCUUAAAGCCUGGAAACAAGGGGAAAAACACACAAUUUGUCAUUCUUGUAAAAUGUUAAUCAUUGUGCAAGCUCGGGCUGAACCCGAAUAUUCGCCUAUUCACAUAAUUACUUGUUGUGUUGGUUCAACAAAUAAUUCUCUUUUUUUAAAUUCAGUUCUCAUUUUUAGGGUUCAGAUAUUUGUUUAUUUGUGUUUUUUCCCCAAUAAACACAACUACACAAGA